GUGUCAGGGGCGCUGGGGCUGCCAGUAUGUGGGGACUUCAGCUCACCCGUCCAAUCCCUCUAGCUACCCCACAUGCGCCCGUUUUCUGUGGGAAACAACAAGCAUUUCUGCUCUUGCAAUAACCCACUGUCCAUAACAUGUUUCAUGCUAUCUAUGGCGAUGCUGCUCGCCUCUUCCCCAUCUCUCCACCUCUGUAUUCAACAUUGCGCCUCACUCUCCGGCGAGGCCAGCCUCCACGGCCGCCUUUGCCAUGAACAGCUCCUCCGCACCUGCGCUGCCCGCCUGCCCGCGUGGCCAGAAGUUCGUCACCAUAUCUCCGCUAACAAGCGGCUUCAUUACCCUCCCUGAAAGAUCCUUCGUCUCACCGGCCGACUCCGGAGCGGUGAGGACAGUGCCCUCCAUGGCAUUCCUAAUCACGCACCCAGGCCUGGCGGAUGGGAGCAGCAAGCCAUUCUACCUGAUGUUUGACUUGGGCCUUCGCUCCGACCUCAAUCGAUACACGCCUAUGCAGCAAGCCCACUUACGGAACCGACAGCCCUAUCAGCUCGGGCCGAGCGUAGCAAGACAGCUGGCCGAUGGAGGCAUCGCGGCGACGGAAAUCGACGCCAUUGUCAUCAGCCACAUGCAUUAUGACCACCAUGGCGACCUGGAGGACUUUCCCACAUCCGAAGUGAUUGUGGGCCACGGCGCGUGGGACAUUACAGCCCACGGUCUCCCGAGCAAAGGCACACACCAGCACUUUGACCCACAUGUCUUGCCCAAAGAGCGUACCGUCGAGCUGCCGCCGGUGGGCAGCACCAGUGUAGCACCAGAGCAGAGGUGGAAAUGGGACGCGCUGGGACCGCUCCCUGCGGCGAUCGACCUGCUAGGGGACGGCUCCGUCUACGUGCUCGAUUGUCCCGGCCACCUGCCAGGCCAUGUGAAUCUACUGUGCCGGACCGGGCCGACAAAGUGGGUUUGUCUAUGUGGCGAUGCGUUCCACGACCCGCGCCUGCUGAGCGGGGAAAGGGAUUUAGGGUUUUGGGCUGAUGAGGACGGGCACAGUCUGUGCAUCCACUUGGAUCCGGAGGGUGCGAGGGAGUCGAUUGCGAGGUUGCGCAUGCUGCAGCAGUUGGGUGGCAUUCAUGUAGUUGCCGCUCACGACGAGCAUUGGCAUAAGGCGAAUCAGACGUACUUCUUCCCAAAUACGCUGCCGUAGAGAGAGGUACUUCUAUAUGACAC